CAAACUACACAAUGAUGACUCUUAAGACAUUAUACAUUUUACAGUUUCAUUUGCUGUUAAUGAUAAUCUAUAGACAAGAAAACCCCUGAUUUGAUAAUCAACCAAGUGAAGCAUUUAUUUUAAGUCUGACACAUCUUUUUUAAUAGGCUCUUGUUAUAACAUGGUAAUAACUGAAGCUAACCAGAAUCACAUGGCAAACUGUCCCUCCAAGAAGAAGUGGAGACUGUAAAUGUGAAAUUCUGGACAUUUGCUGGAACAAAGCAUUAAGCAUUUCACAGGUUUUGAAAAGCCCUCACCCCCGGACUAAGCAUCUGCUUCCAGUGAAAAGAGACACAGGUCAUGGAGGGCCUUCAGGGGAUGAGACCGUAUUGUGGCCACUGCAUUCGCUGUCUGUUCCCGAGAUCUCCAGUGCCACUUUUGCUCCACAUGCUCUUGUGGAGAGGAUAAACCAGGAUGGUAACGUGUUGUGUGUAACCAGCUUCACCUUGACCAAAAAGCGACUACCACCUCCCAAAUAUUUAUUGUGAGUACUUCAAACGUGAAGAGUCAUGUCUAAUAUUAACAAUGCCCUUUGCAUUGAGAGCGGACAGAACACCGACAUGUCACUCUUGCAAAAGGAUAAUCUUCAGGAUGGUGGAUUAAGCCAGCUGUUGGAUUACAAUGCAGAAAUGGAAAGGUACAGGUCUUUCGCGAACUUUUACAAAACCAACGGGGCAUUUCCGCAGACUGCCAAGAUCGCCCGCAUAACGACACCAAUUUUUCCCAGUGCUAGGAUUGGCAUGUCCCCUUGGAACUGCGAUAACGGCAUGCUCUGGGGAAGGAAAUCAGCAGCAAUAAACCAUAAUAGGACCAGCAUGCAUAGAAACGACUCCCAAAGGCCGGGGAAACCUGGCGUGCCGCCAGAGACUCUGCAAAUGGCAAAUAAUAAUUUCCUCUCUAGCUUAUCCCCUGAACACUGCAGACCUUUAGCAGGAGAAUGCAUGAACAAGCUGAAAUGUGGCGCUGCUGAAGCAGAGAUAAUGAAUCUCCCGGAACGUGUUGGAACUUUUUCCGCUAUUCCGGCUUUAGGGGGCAUCUCAUUACCUCCCGGGGUCAUCGUCAUGACAGCCCUUCACUCCCCCGCAGCCUCAGCAGCCGUUACAGACAGUGCGUUUCAAAUUGCCAAUCUGGCAGACUGCCCGCAGAAUAAUUCCUCUGCAUCCAGCGGAAACCCAGCGAAAAAGAAAAGGAAAAGGUGUGGGGUCUGUGCGCCCUGCAGGAGGCUAAUCAACUGUGGAGUGUGCAGCAGUUGUCGGAACCGUAAGACGGGCCACCAGAUCUGCAAAUUUCGGAAAUGCGAGGAGCUAAAAAAGAAGCCAGGCUCAUCACUAGAGAGAACGCCAGUUAACAACGGGGAAGCGUUUCGAUGGUUCUUUUAGUGCUCCAAACCUAGUCAUAUCAUGUAUAGUGAUGUCAUAGACUUAACCACAAAAGGAACUUGCAGUGCUACAAAGACCCAAAACCACAACCUGGCUGCAGAUGACGACAAACUCUGUCAUUUCAUUUCCUGUGUAAUUACUAUUGUACCUUUUGGCAGUAUCAAAAUGUAUAUUUUUCACUGUCUAUCAAUGUAUUUCAGUGUUACGGCUGAGUAAGUUGCAGCCAUUGUUAUGUAAAGGACUGUGUAGACAAUCAUUACAAACAGGAGAAAAUAACGUCAACAGUGGCCAAUGGGAUCAUAUGUAUAUGUUCUUUUCAUUUCUUUUAUUAUUUGGGUUUAUGCAACACAACACAGUUUUUAGAUCUGGAGCAAUAAUAGUGACGGUAAUUGUUCUCAAUCAUAUUCCAGCCUUGUAUGGAACGAUCUUCAGAAUACCUCUUUUCACUUAAACUGACAGUUCAAGAGGACACAUUGUGUCCUCUGUGAUUAAUGUGAUGUUUUGUAAUUGAUUUCCUGUGUCAAGUCUCUCAAAGUUCAAUUGCAUUCUUCUCAGUGUUGGUUGAACCCAUUUAAAAUGCUGUCUGAAGGUAGGAAGACAACCAGAAAUUAAAAUGUGUGAACAUAGAAGUAAGAUUUGUGAACAUCCUUUUUUUGGUUUUAAUUCUCACAAUGCAGUAAACUACACAUUCCAAAAAGUAUUAUCCAAUAAAUUUCUCAUUGUCUUUACCCUAAUGUUGCAUGUGUAAAUGUGUUCGUUUUAAAGAUAACUAUGAAUUUGUAUAUUGUUGUAGUGAUGCUUUUAUGUGUUAAAAUAAAGGAAAUGAAAAAG